AUGUUACCGGCAACCUAUGUUAAUAUCUAUCAACUUUCCUCUCCUUCUCACUUUCCGCAAGCAUUUUUAGUUAGCCAUUGUCUUUCCUUCUCUCUCCACCUAGCUCCCUCUUUCCCUCUAUCUCCCCUGGCUCUAUUUCUCACUUCCAUCCUCUCCUUCUCGCCACCCUCUCUCUUGUUCUUGAUCCUUAUCUUCUUAAUAAUCAAUUUACUAAUCUAUCGUCUUUCCUCUUUUCUUUUAUCUUUCAAAUCAUUUUCCCUUCUAUUUUCAUUCUUUCUUUCAUAUAAUAUUUACUGUCCUUUUUCUUUUUUUAUAAUCUCUUUUUCCUUCCUUCCUUCCUUCUUUCCUUCCUUUCUUUCUUUCUUUCUUUCUUUCUCUUAUAUUUUACUUCCCUUUCUUUUUCUUUUACAUUAUCAUUUCUGUCCUUUUCUUUCUUUCUUUCUUUCUUUCUUUCUUUCUUUCUUUCUUUCUUUAGAUCGUCUUUCCUCUUUUCUUUUAUCUUUCAAAUCGUUUUCCUUCUUUUUUCAUUCUUUCUUUCAUAUUAUAUUUACCGUCCAUUUUCUUUUAUAUUAUCUUUUUUUCCUUCCUUUUUUUUUCUUUCUUUCUUUUAUAUUUUACUUUCCUUUAUUUUCUUUUACAUUGUCAUUUCUGUUUUCUUUUCUUUCUUUCUUUCUUUCUUUCUUUCUUUCUUUCUUUCUUUCUUUCUUUCUGUACAUCGACCUUCCUAUCUUUUCCUUUAUCUUUCAUAACUUAUGGGAUGACCUGAUAUUUACCUUCGUUUUUCUCUUACAUUAUUCCAUCUUUCUUUCUUUCUUUCUUUCUUUCUUUCUUCAUCUUCCUUCUUUUCUUUUCCUUUAUUCUUCACAUUAUUUUUCAUUCCGGUCCUUUCUCACUCUCUUCCCUUAUUAA